CCUUCAUUUCAUUUACAGUCCAGUAGUAGUAGGAUAAAGUCCACUUCUCUUAUAUUGCACAAUCUUUCGAAAUUUCACGUUUUGUUUAUAUUUUAGUGUGGCUGUAUAUAUAAAUACGUACACACUUUCCACUACAACAAUAACCUUCGACGGUUAGGUGAAAGCACACCAGGACAGAUAAGAAGUCAGCUUAUUCAUUGUUUCAGGUUUCCAAGAAGUGGACUCCAAACAUUUCCUCUCACAGCCAACACAGUCAGUCAAUACUUUUUUCCUGUGACAUGCUGGAGGUCAAGCACAAUAAAGAAGACCAGAGCUCAGAAGCAAGUAAGACCUCUGCACAAGUGAAACCGCACCAAACAACAACUGGUUGUAUUCCUGAAGUUGAUUCAACACGGACAUCCUCUUCCAAUAAAACAUGUACCUUCUUUAUAAAAACAGGAAAGUGCAGAUUUGGUGAGAGUUGUCGGUUUUCCCAUAGUCCAAAGGAAGAUAAAGAAACAUUCAAUGUGCCUUGCACUGUUGUGACAACAACAAAAAGUGAGGAGACACGAUCAACUGAAGAAGUUCAAAAUGUCGAAAGUGGUCAAAAAAGAGAAAAUAAAAACAAUGUUGUUGAAGAGGGACCUAAAGGAGUCUGUCGGUUCUUUAAAAAGUCUGGACGUUGCAGGUAUGGAGUUCACUGUCGCUUUCGGCAUGAAAGAAAGUCUGGUGAAAAGAAGAUUUCGCCCAUUUCAGAGCCAAGUGAUGUAUCGGUUGAGAACCAGGCAGUGGAGGAAAUCAAACAAAAAGGUUUUCUGGAACCUUUGUCACAAAAGAACCAGAAAGAGAGUAAUGCCACCAAAGUUUCUAACACUCAGAUGAAGCAAAGAAGGAAACUUUGUCGUUACUACAAGCAAGGAGGUUGCAACAUGGGUGAUAGAUGUCACUUUUGGCAUCCACAAAACCCAGCAGAUCUUGAUGUCAAAGAAUAUGGUUCAUCAGAGACACUACAGACUGUAAGGAGUAGAGAAGUCAUGCAACGACCAGGUUCUUCUGUCAGUGUUGGUGAGGCAACUCCAGAGAACUUGAAAGAGCUCAGGGAUGCUGAGAUUAAUCAGUUGAAGAUUAUGUUCCAGGAGGAGGGAAAAUUGACAAUAACUGAAGAGGAGUGCAAACAUAUAGUUUACAGAAUUAUAACAUCUCCUUCAGAUCCGGAAUGGCCCUAUGACAUCACAGAAUUUAUAUUUGAUGUAAGCUUUCCAGCAGAUUAUCCCAAAGAACCAUUCAAUAUACAAAUAUCUGAUGAUCAGGUUUUGCCAGAUGUCAUCAUAAGGCAUAUAAAUGAAGCAUCACAGAAUUGGGUGUUAGCAAAACAUGGUACCAAUCUUGUAGGUGGCAAGAUUGAAUUACUUUUUCGGCCUUUCCUAAGGUGGCUGGAUAGAAGUAUGGAAAAUCUCUUCACUGAAGGUGCAAGAAAGUACAAGCGAUGUUUAGAUGCAAAAGCAGCUGGAUUUGAAUUCAUUCCCCACAAAGAAAAAACAGAGAACACUGAAACAUGUCCAGUUGUAGAGGAGAGUAAUGAAAAAGAACAGAUAAAGGAAGAAGAUAAUGGUGAACUAAUAGAUGAAAAUGAUGACGAUGAAAAUGAUAACGAUGAAAAUGAUGACGAUGAAGAAGAGAGUAGUGGUGGUGAGAGUGGCAGCUGUGAGGAAGAUGCUGAUGAAGUUAGUGAUGAAAGUUCUGAAGAGGAAGAAGAACGAAACACCGCUAAGUACCGUCAACGGAGCAUUGAACAAGGCAGUGAUAUUGAUCCACAACGGAAAGGAACCGAGCUACGUUUCAAAGGUCUAGAAAUGGGUGAUGGAUACGGAACACUAGUUGUCAGAAAGCUAGCCCUGACCGUCCAAUGUGAGCGAUGCAAACACAGAACUGAUGUGAACACCCCAGGAGCACGAACCAAUCUGAUCGUCUGCCCUCGAUGUCAGCAUCAGUUCUUGUUGACCUUUCGAUCGGCCAUCAUGCAUCAGUACUCGGCAAUUCUUGGUUAUCUUGAUCUGAAUGGGUGCGUACCAUUUGAUGUCUUGGUAAUGGAUUGUGAGAUUGAAGCAACCUGUUUAAGUUGUAAUCAGCAGAAAAAAAUUAAGGGGCUUCAGUACGGUCAAGUAUUAAGCAGUUGGUGCCCACAGUGUCACAACAAGCAGACACUUCGUGUAGACUCUACCCGGCUCCAGAGGCUGAUUGCAUCAGAUCCAAUAGUGACUGAGAAGUUACACACACAUCAAGUACAGAGCAUGAUCAGAGCAAAGAAGGAUCCAGCAGUUCAAGAUGGAAAACCCCUCCCUGAUAAUGGUAUUUGCCGACAUUAUAAAAAGAGCUUCAGAUGGUUAAGGUUUCCAUGCUGUGGAAAAUGCUACCCAUGUGACCAGUGCCACGAUGAUGAUUCUGAUCAUAUAUUCACAUUCGCCAACAGAAUGAUAUGUGGAUUUUGUGCUAAAGAACAGGUAUUUUCACCUGACAAUCCAUGCAUUUCCUGCCAUAUGUCCCUGACUAAGGGUUGGAGCAGUCAUUGGGAAGGAGGCCUAGGUUGCCGGAACAAAAUCAAGAUGAACAGAGGGGAUAAGCAGAAGCACAAGGGCAAGAACAAGACAGUGUCCAAGAAGGCUCAAGAAAAGAAGGAUGGACAGUCUAAGAAAUCAAAGUCUUCCACCAAGUAGUAGUUCAGUGGAAAGUGAACUUAUGAAAUAAUUAAUAUAAACAUUAAUAUACUUAUAGAGAAAAUGAUUAAAAUAUCAAAUUUGUAAAAGAAAAA